AUGAAUAAAUUUUAUAUUAAAAUUUUUUUUUUUCUUAUAAGCAUCUUCGUAUAUGUGGACAAUAAAUCCUUUGCAACUGCGCGUGAUUUACGCGAUGAUUCUUUAGAGCAUGCUUUAAAGAUAGACAAAUUUAUGAAAAAUAAUAAUCUUAUAACGGAAUCGUAUCCAGAUAUAGAUGUUCUAAUCAAAUCAAAUAUAGCCCCAAUUGACUUGGUAAAAACUGUCAAAAAUAAUGUUACCCCAGACAAAGAAUAUUUAGAUAAUCUUAUUCCAGACAAAGAAUAUUUAGAUAAUCUUAUUCCAGACAAAGAAUAUUUAGAUAAUCUUAUUCCAGACAAAGAAUAUUUAGAUAAUCUUAUUCCAGACAAAGAAUAUCUAGAUAAUCUUAUUCCAGACAAAGAAUAUUUAGAUAAUCUUAUUCCAAAUAAAGAUGCUCAAGAGUUUGAAAAUCAUGAAAAUCGAGACUUACUAUCGUGUACUGAUUAUGAAGAAGCUAAAAAAGCAUCAGAAAUUAUGUGCGAUUGUAAUCAAAUAGUAAAAAUGUUAUAUGAACCCAAGGAUUUAUAUGGUUUCGGUUCCAAUGAUAGUAAAGUUUUAUUUAUACCAAGAAUUGUCCUCAAACACAAUUCAAAUUUGGUACUGAUACAAAAAUAUAGCGUCACACCAUUCCAUAAAUAUAAUUUUGGGUUAUUUACAAUAGCUGAAGAAUCGAAUACAACAUUUUUUGCCAAUACAUCGAUAAAUAUAAAUGACGAAACCAGUGCCAAUAAAAAAAAGGGCAAAAAAGGUGUAAACUUGCUCAAUGAUCAUAUUGAUUUUGACGAUAUUAUUAGACAGAUAGUAUUAAAAAAUAUGUUUGCUAAUUUUUUCGGAUUUAUUAUCACAAAAGAAUACGAUCACGUUGGUCUUACCUAUGUCGAAUCCAACCGACAUGAUAAAUCCUAUCCAAAAAAUUAUGAUAAGAUAAAACGUAGAGCACAAAAUAUGUUAAAUUUAAUGAACAUAUUGCUAUAUGGAUUUAAAGGUUAA